CCGGGAUCGAGGGCAGACAAGCCAGCCCACGCCGCCUCCCGGCUCCGAUGCGCCCGCAGCUGCGGCGGCAAAGGGGCGGGCAGGAAAAGGCGGUUCUGCAUCCGGGCUCGCUCACUCACCUAUCAUGGCGGCGGCGGGGGAGGACAGCGGGGCAUGGGCGGGGAGGCGUCCGCGCCCACUCACCCUUACGUACAGACACGCACGCCGCGCGCGUGCACACGCACCCUUGCCGGCCGCACGAGCGCGAGCGGCGCCGGGGGGGGGUAGGGGGGGGAGACCACAGCCGCUGGCGGAAUGCGCAUGCGUGCGAGGCGCAGGGCCCUCUGGUCUGCUUUUUCCAUCUUGCCGUGGUGGAGGCAGGUGGGGAGAUGGUAGAGGAGAAAGAGGGCUCAGGCCCCUCAAAGCCCGCAGGUGAGACGAGCCCGCAGCUGCAGGAGCCCCUGGGGCAUGUGAAGAAAAGCAAGCAGCAGGUCUCCGAGGGAUUCACGAUUAAAGCCAUGAUGAAAAACACCGUGGUAAGAGGGCCCCCAUCUGCAGGAGCGUUUAAAGAAAGACCACCAAAGACCACAGUAUUUCGCAAGUUUUAUGAGCGAGGAGACCUCCCGAUUGCCCUUGAUCAUGAUACUAAAGGAAACAAAAUCGCCUGGAAGGUAGAGAUAGAAACUCUGGACUAUAAUUCCUAUCUGCCUGUGUUUUUUCAUGGCCUUUGUGAAAUGACAUUUCCACAUGAGUUUUUUGCUCGUCAAGGAAUUCAUGACAUGCUAGAACAUGGUGGAAACAAGAUUCUUCCUGUCAUUCCUCAGCUCAUUAUCCCAAUAAAAAAUGCACUGAACCUUCGUAACCGACAGAUCAUUUGCAUCACGCUGAAAGUCCUCCAGCACCUGGUGGUGUCAGCUGACAUGGUGGGGAGGGCCUUGGUGCCCUAUUAUCGGCAAAUCCUCCCAAUCCUAAGCAUCUUUAAGAAUAUGAAUGUUAAUUCAGGCGAUGGGAUAGAAUACAGCCAGCAGAAGCGUGAAAAUAUUGGAGAUCUGAUUCAAGAGACACUGGAAGCCUUUGAACGCUGCGGUGGAGAAAAUGCGUUUAUAAACAUUAAAUACAUGAUCCCUACUUAUCAGUCAUGCAUAUUAAACUGAGUUGUAUCGAAUGGGAUGAUUCCAUUUGUGUUCUAAAAAAACUGUAUCUGACUCUGUAAGGCAUCUUGUUAGUCAUGCUUUUUUUCCCUACAGCUGCUAAAAUAGUGGCUUCUGGGGCAUUAAAGUGUUAGCACUAUUGUGAACAAGGCUUUCCAAUACAUAAAUAGUGCCUGUUCCUCUGAUUACAAUGGUGUACUGUGCUUGUUUGUUCCCUGAAAGAAUCACUCCUUUAUAACAGAGCUGACUCGAGCAGGAAUCGGAGUUAAACCUUCACUUGUAUAGACAAUAAAACUAUAAUUUUCAUAUGCGAUUCAGCAAUUGCUGUUCUGUGUCCGCUUGCCCUGAGGGUGAUGUCAGAGGCUGUAACAAGAAGAGUUUAUGCUGACUGCUUAAUAGGUGUUUGUCAUGGAAGAGAAACACCAGUUCAGCAAUGCCUCUCUAGCAGCUGCGCCGAAUAAUGUGCACUGACAUACAAUAAAACUGUUGAAUGUAUAUAGCAAUUACAGUGGGAAAAUAUAUAUGGUCCAUUAUAAAGCAUUGUCAUUAAAUUAAUCCAUGUUUCUUACACACUCUUCAUCUCAGCUUCCAGGUGUUUACCUUUUCAUGGAACUUCGGUUCCUCCUGGCAAAUAUCAGGAACAACCAUAGUUUUGAAGACAAGAAGCCCAGAAAGAACUUCAAUAAAUCAGAUGGAAGAUACAGAGUACAUAAUAUAUCAGUCCCUACCAACACUGUUAAUCUGGGUAAACACAGAAUAUACAUAUAUUUUUAAAGGGCACCAGGUAUUUUUUGUAACUGCAAGGUUGCUAUUGCUUUUCUGUUAUUAUUAUGGUAUACAUGUGUACAAACAAUAUAACUAUUGUUCCAGGAAUCCUUACAAUUUCCUACUC